AUGGCGUCGAAUGAUGGUUUAUCGUCACAAAGCGGUGAUGAAAAUUAUCAAAAAGAAGUGCUAAAAGUGAAAUGUUGUGGUAGAGAACAAUCAGUUUUCGUUUGUGUGAACUGUUUACGCGUUAUCCAUAAAGGAUGUGCAAAAAAAAUGAGUGGCUUGGAAAUUAUCAGCGAAGGAAACGUGAAAUGCUGUGAAAACAUCUAUAAUGGCAACAGUGAAACUUCUCAGCAACUGGUAAAUCUAGAAAAUGACUAUUUAAAAAAACUAAUUACUGAAAUUCAAGAUAAGAACAAUGUCUUAACUCUCAGCAAUAAAUUGUUACUGGAAAAAAUAAAAUUAUUGGAAGAAGGAAAAUAUAUAGAAAAAAUUCAUAACAAUGAAAAGGAAAAGAAAUCUACUUCUCAAAGGAGUAUGAAUUACGCAAAGGCAACGACAUCUACCGUUCAAGAAAAACCGAAAGUAGAAAAUACUGUCAAGCAAGGAAUAAGGAAACCAUUCAAUGAACAGAUGACCGGUGAAAAUUAUAAAGACGUUCAUAUGAUAACACCUAAUAUGACACAAGAUAAUGGCAGUAUCAAAACAUCAAUAGAAAACGUAAAUACAAGAUCAGUGAAAAACCUACCACCAGACAUGGAAUACAAAACAGUGACUUAUAAAAAAAAAAGAUAUCAUAAAAGAAUUGGAACAGCACAGAAUGAAGAUAAUAAUGAAUUUUCUGGGGCAACGAGAAAAGUAUGGAUAUAUCUCAAUAGAGUUAAAAGAACAGCAGACCAAAAUAUUAUAACUACAUAUCUAACGAAGAAAAAGGGCUUCAAACAAUCAGAUGUAAAACUCCUCUAAGCAGAAAGGAUGACCUAUAUGACCCCGAAUUUUGGCCUGAAGGAGUUGGAAUAAAACGUUUCGAUUUUACUAAACACCGAGAGUUUCUCACUAAAAAUCAGGGUGGAAAUUUUCUCUAAAUAAAAUUGAAGGCAACAAGAAACAAGAAAUAAUAAGUAUUAUCCAUCAAAAUGUCCAAUCGCUGGGAAAUGCUGUGAAUCAAAUGCAAGUUUUCUUACAAGAACAGAAGGAUUGUAAAAUUCUUCUAAUUACCGAACAUUGGAAGACAUAUGAGCAAUUACAACUUCUGCCAAUUGACGGUUUUGUUUUAGCAGGCUAUUGGUGUAGAAAUCAUGGUGAACAUGGAGGUGCAGCCGUUUACGUCAAACAAAAUACUAAACAUAAACACAUUAAAAAGCUUAGUGACUUUUCAGUAAAAGGUGAAAUGGAGUGUGCAGUGGUAGAGUGUACAAUUAGUAAAAUGGCACAUCUCGUUGUAUCCGUUUAUAGACC